AUGACCGAUAUCCGCCGGUCACGAUCGAAUACGUCAAUGUCUACUAGAAGUAAUCGUCCUCUUUCUCGCGCGUCGACGACGAGCGUACAUUCAUUCGAGCAAUUUCAGCAACCGCAACAGCCGCGGCCCAACCAAUUUCCCCAACAGCCACAGUACCAUGCUCCAUUCACUACCAGUGAAGCGCUACAGCCUGCACUACUACAAGCCGCACAACAAGUCAGCGCGCAGGACCAGCUUAUCAACAUGAGUCUGGAAAGUGUCCAGCAAUACCUUGGUUACCCAGCCGACCCGACUGCGAACCAUCCCCAACCAAGCGGCCAGCCCCCACAGCCAGAUCACCACGCCUACCAGAACUCCCUCUCCCAGCAUUCGCAACAUUCACAGCAACACAGCUUCAUGGCACCGCCAAUGGACACGGAAGACAAGAAGAAGAGGCCGUCAACCUCGGGCGCAGCGACCAACGACAAGGAAUUGCGCCAGCUGUUGAACCAAAACGAAGGCCGCAAUCUGAAGGAGGUCGCAGCUGAGGUCAUCCAGAAUGAUAGGACAUCGAAGGCAGAGAAGUCGAAACAGCUAUUCGCUAUGUUAUGGUUACAGUCUGUCUGUCGUGUUGCAAAGACGUCAGUCCCGCGCAACCGUGUCUACUCCAAGUACGCAGAGCGGUGCGGUACUGAUCGCGUUAUCCCUCUGAACCCGGCAUCUUUUGGCAAGCUCGUUCGCGUGAUUUUCCCCGGUAUCCAGACUAGGCGCCUCGGUGUUCGCGGAGAGUCAAAGUACCACUACGUUGAUCUGGAGCUCAUCAACGACAACGAUAAUGGUGAAGAGUCACGUCGUGGCAGCAACGGUCCCAGUGCACUCCAUGCCAUGAAGCGUCAAGCCUCUGGGACACCGAGGCUCAACCUCGAUGCUAUUCCACGCUUACCUGCAGACAGCACGCAAUUCCCCCCAAGGGAAGCGCGAGUGGAGUCACAGAGUAGCUACUAUACUCCAGCCUCAUCACGCGGCGUUCUGUUUACCGAUAUCUACUCGUCUCAGUUCCACCCGUCGCACACACGUACCAAGACAUCGUACGAGCACGAGCUCAAGUUUCCAACACCAGAUAUCCUCGAAGCCCCCGAUGCCUUUGUGGUAGAGUUGCCGGAUAUCAAACCGUACUUACCGGCACGUACCGAUCCCGAUUCUGCCGAUAAUCUCGUUGCCAUGUACCGCUCACACGUUGUCUCGUUGGUGGACUCAGUACGAUACUGCAAGGAGAAACAAUUCUUCCGCCUCUUUGGUACUUUCCACGGGACCUUGACUGUACCAGUCCAGAAGCUGUUUGCAUCACCCGAACUGGCCCCAUGGAUCAAAGAAUGCGACUGGAUGAUGUACCAGAAGAUGAUUCGCAAUGUCUCUCAGCUCACUCUCCAGGUGGCGCCGCCGCCAGUUCUAAAAUUUCUCGACAACGUUGCGAAGACAUUACACGCACACAUUACUGCCAAGUUCGCGUCUCUCCCCGUACAUGUACUUGAGGCGAAGCUAGAACCCGCUACGUUAUUCGCCCAUCUUCUCCGACAGAUGCUCCGCGUCAAUUCCGCUGCGCACGCUGCAGCCGUAAUGCUUACCGCAGAGAGCCAUCGCACCCAGAUGUUUGCCGACUGGCUCCAGUACGUCAACAUUAAGCGCAUCAUCGCGAACGAAUUGCCCGCCUCUUGUGCACACGAGGAAGUUUAUAACAUCCUGACCACUGAGAUCCGAUCGAUGUUGGGCCCGCUACCACAGGAGAUCCAACUGCCUUCCGGGUCGAUACAUCGCGCAGCGUAUCCUGAUCCCCCCGCCGACCCUUCAGAGUCCGUCAUCGAUCGCAUCGCAGCAUUUUUAACACGUCUACCGUCUCGCUUCCCUGGCGCACACGCUCGCACAAUCAUGCAUUGCAUUAGUGCACUUGGUUCAGCUGCCAUCCGAGAAAUCACGGUCGAGAAUGGCAUCAGUUUCCAAGGUUGGUGGCUUACCAAGGUCUUCGUGGAUGAAAUGGCACAAUGGUUAGCAUCGAUAGGUGGUUUCCUGGGUCAUGCACCGCCAGACUGGAACUCGUCCAACUACUCGCCUGUAAUGGGUGACUCUCUCAAUGCAGCCAUGACCAACGGCGGCAGCGGCAGUAACAAUGAAAGCCGGUAUAGCAGCUUAGAAGCCGAUUUCGGCCCAGAUCAGUCUUUCAUCUCCAACGCUAGCCACGCUACCAUUCAGGAUGCCGGGUCAAAUCAGGAAGUCAAUGCUGGACGAUUUGCUCAACAAUCAUCACAAUACAACAUGAGCUUUCAAUACGAGUACGACCUGAACCCUUCACAGCAAGAGCCGAACCACGACGAUAGUGGCAUAGGCCUUGGUGUACAGGAAGACGGCAUUGAUGCCAAAUUUGCGUCACAUCUAUCUUCAGCCCUUUCACAGAGCGUCAGCUAG